ACGACAUCAAAAGAACUUCAAAAUGAAGAUCGUGUGUUUACUAUUUUUCUUCCUUGCUCACAUGGUGAAAAUUUGUGGAGCUGCCGAAAUCUUUGACUAUGACAGAAUGUUUGGUUGGAGCGAUAAAAUAGAAGAGCGAAAAUAUAUGUGCGCAGAUGUUGUGUUUGCUAUUGACCUCUCUUGUAGUGUCAAAAUUAGGGAUAAAAAGAAGAUGGUGACUAUUGUUGAGAAAAUAGUGAAUGCAUCGAGAGUAAAGCAAACGAUUUCAAGAUUUGGUCUUGUAUUAUUUGACGAGGGGGCAAGAAAAAUAAUUGGCCUAUCCCAAAAUAUAAACAAUGCUAAAGUAAUGGAAUUGUUGAAAAACCUUAAAAUCAAUAUUAAAGACCAAAAAGAAGGAUGUAAGACGCACACAUGGAAAGCCUUGGAACAAGUACGAACUGACGAGGACUUACUUGGUAGCGUAUCGAGAUAUGACAAUAAAACUGGGAAAGAACGAAAGCGGGUGCUGAUUCUCAUGACAGACGGAAAGCCAAGAGAUACAAAGGAUAACGUAGAGGAAAUGGAGAAUAAAACCAGAGAAAUGGGUACACUAAAUAAAUCAGCGAACAUAACAACAUUUGUUGUACAUGUGCCCAAAGAUGGUCGUCUUGAGCCUAUUCCUCUAUUGGAAGACCUUGUUUCCAGUCAGAGAUGGAUAUAUGAGGUACACAACAGUACAAAUUUGGAAGACGUUGGAGAUUUCUUCUUUUAUGAGUUGGUCAAGAUUGGCGCCUGCGAUUAUAGAUGUAUGGGGAAAAUUGACCUUUGCAUCGUGAUGGACCGCAGUGAUAGUAUUGAAAUUGAGGACAUUGAGUUAACAAAAGAGUUCUUGAAAGACCUGGCUGAUUCUUUCCGUAUUGUAUAUGAUAAAUCAAACAAAAGGUUCACCAGUGCUAUGAUUGGCGUGAGUAGCUACAACCAAGACGUCUAUCAACAUUCCCUUGGCACUAAAUGCAAGGACAAUGCAUGCGUUCGUGCUGCUAUUGACACAAUUCCAGAUGAGCACAAUACAUAUACAGAGACUGAUGUUGCACUCGCGAAUGUUGCAUCAGAAUGUUUACCUACAUAUGUCACUAGGGGGGAUGAAAUAUCCAGGGUUGCUAUUUUAGCCACUGAUGGAAACACGUAUAAAUUUAUGGCUCAGAAUAUCAACUCUCGCCCGACUAUUCAGAUGGCUAAGCGACUCCGAAGCAAAGGUAUUGAUAUCGUAGUUAUAGGACUUCCAAAUUAUCGAGAUGUUGUAGGAAUUGAUGAGUGGAAUAAAACGGCGAGUCAUUUCGUGUUUGAUAUGCGUAACGGCACGGGGCCUGGUUGGAGCGUUAAAUUUGAAGACCUUAAGUCCAUCACGGGGACUGUUGCAAGAAAAAUAUGUGAACAAUAUACAGAGGAACAGACGAACGAAGUGUAG